CCUGGAGGCGUGUAGAGCGGCCGGCUCAUUUAUUGGACGGUGGAGCUCAGUCGGCAGUUGCCACUUGUGUAUUGUCUUCUUCUAACCUCGUCAUGCCUUUUUUAGACCUUGAAAGCAACAUUCCCGCCACCAGGUUCACCGACGACUUUGUUAAAAAGCUCUGCUCCUCUGCAGCCGAGAUAUUAUCAAAGCCCAAGGAGAGGAUCAAUGCAGUAGUGAAGGCUGGGCUGCCAAUGCAGAUCGGGGGCUCCAUGGAACCCUGUGUCAUCCUCACAGUUUCGGCAGUUACUGUGGUGAGCACAGCUGAGCUGAACAAGGAGCACAGUGCCAAAUUCUUCCAGUUCCUCAUGAAGGAGCUACAGCUGAGUGAAGACAGGAUUGUUCUGCGUUUUUGUCCUCUGGAAACCUGGCAGGUCGGGAAGAAAGGAACUGUUAUGACUUUCCUUUAGAAGCCUGAAUUCACAAGAUAGAAUACUAAAGCAAAUAAAAGCCCUCAUAGGGAAUCUCUUGUAAAACUGAAAUAAGUGAAAAAUGUUAAGAGUGCCUUCGCUGUGUAUUAAAGCAAACACAAAUAUUUGGUUAAAAAGAAAGGCUUCCUACACUUCAUUUGAAUUUGCAGGUAAAGUAAUCAAGAAAAACAUAUUCUAGUAAGCAAUUUAAUGUGUGUAAAACAUUCACGAUUGGACCCAAAGUUGUUUAGCUUCAUUAUUGAGUUGUUCAAAUAGCACCAUUCUUAGUCUAUGAUUGAAUUGUAAAGACAGAGUUAGGUGUCUUGGAAAAACACUAUUUGGCAUAAAUGAUUUAAAGAACACUAUAUUGGUAAAGAAGGUUACACUUUCAGUCAUUAAUAUGCUAAGCCCUUUAAGGUGUGGGCAUAGGCUGAUGUUUAAGGAAAUGCUGACUUCAUUAAAUCUUAUCUGUAUGUGAACAGCUGUAUGAUUCUCCAUAAAGCUUACUCUAAUAAGA